CUUUUCCUCUAAUUAUCCACUUUGUGUGGCCAUGCAGACUCUUCACUCUCUCCUCCCUUUUCCCUAUCGUUCUCUUUCCUCCCCUUCCUUCCAUGGCUGCCACUCCCUCCCAUCUCACCUCAUCCUUGGCCCAAAAUUACUCUUUUAACCCUUCAAGUAUCCCCAUUUCUCACCGCUACCCGCUGCACCGUUCCAACUACCGCCCAGCCCCCGCAUUGCCCACAAAAUAUCGGCUUGUCUCUCUAUGGACUCCCAAGCCUCGACCCAAAAUUUCGUGUGAGGCGACGGAAGUAUCGGUGAGUGAGCAGUCUCCUACUGCGGGUGGAGGCGGAGGGAACUGGAUUCCGGUGGUUCCCUUGGCGGCGCUGCCAAAAGGAGAAAGGCGUGUGAUAAUUCAAGAUGGGGAUACGAUACUGUUGCUGUGGUAUAAGGAUGAGGUUUUCGCUAUUGAGAAUAGGUCACCUGCUGAGGGAGCUUAUAGUGAAGGACUCAUCAAUGCCAAGCUUACUCAGGAUGGUUGUAUAGUUUGUCCAACAACGGAUAGCACAUUUGAUCUUCGGACUGGAGCCAUUAAAGAUUGGUAUCCAAAAAAUCCAGUGCUGAGAGUUCUCACGCCUGCUUUGAGGACACUCUAUGUUUAUCCUGUAAAAACCGAUGAAGACAAUAUUUAUAUCAAUAUGAGAGGAGGUGUAAAAUCAGAUGCAUCUGCAGAAAUAGUUUUCAGUGGGAAGGCUCAACCUGGUAUGACUGCAAGUGAUGUCAAUGUCGAUGAGGUGAGAAUGGUAGUUGACGAGGAACAAGAGGGGUUUGGCUUCAGUGGGAAGAAUGAAUUGAUAAAUGGGAAGGCAGCUGUAAUUGGCUUCUUGUUGUUGUUAGAUUUUGAACUCUUAACUGGUAAAGGUCUCCUCAAGGGCACAGGUUUCUUGGAUUUUAUUUAUGCUGCAACUAAUGCUUUCAAGUAGAGAUUGCAUUUAUUCUUUCAAGAGUAAAGUAUCUUGGUUUCAUAUCAAGGUAAUUUUUCUAUUUAGCCACGAUACUUUUGGAAAUUUGGAAAUAUACAUAUAUUUUCUUUUGAU